AUGCAGCUUACCACCGUUGAGAAAGUGAAAGCGUACGAACCAGAAAAUGGAAACCACCAGGAUGAUCAAAGAACUUGUCAGCCACUGCCAUCGAAGCAUCUUUUGGUCGCAGCCAUCGACUUCGGGACUACUUAUUCAAGUUGGGCGUUCUCGUUUAGGUAUGACUAUGAUAGCGACCCAACGAAAGUCUCCGCAAAACAGUGGCAAGGACACGAGUCUUCAAAAGGCCCUACUUGUGUCCUGAUCAAGCCUGACGGAAAAACGUUACAUUCUUUUGCGUUUGAUGCCGAAGCAAAAUACGCAGAACUUAUUGAAGAAAACGAACAUAAAGACUGGUAUUUCUUUAAAAGGUUUAAAAUGAUGUUAUGGAAACAGAAACUCAAUAGAAAUUCGAUGUUAGAAGCUGAAAAUGGUCAAAAGUUAUUGGCAAGAACCGUAUUUGCUUUGUCAAUAAAAUAUCUGAAGGAAGACCUAUUGGCUGUUUCUAAUGAUCGAAUAGCGGGCGCCGUUUUGCCGACAGAAAUACACUGGGUUUUGACAGUUCCUGCCAUUUGGAAUAAUUCAGCAAAACAGUUCAUGCGGGAAGCUGCAGAAGAGGCGGGGAUAGAAUCGCACAUGCUGACGAUUGCACUUGAGCCGGAAGCUGCCUCUCUUUUUUGUCGUCAUCUUUCUGUCGAAAAGAGUGGGGAUCAAUUGUCCUUGGCAUCUCUGCAAGCCGGAAAACAAUAUCUUGUACUCGAUGCUGGAGGAGGAACCAUCGACAUAACAGUGCACGAAGUUACGGCAUCUGGUGGCGUCAAAGAGCUGUACAAGGCGAGUGGUGGAGCUUGGGGUGGGACAAAAGUCGAUGAUUCCUUUGAAGAAUUCAUAGCUUGUUUGACAGAUAAAAGUGUAGUCCAAAAGUUCAAAAAAGACCACAUGGAUGAUUAUAUAGAACUUCUCGGACGGUUUGAGGUAAAGAAGAGGGACGUUGAUCCCGACAAGGAUACAAAAGUCGUCAUGAUAAUUCCACUUGCUUUUUUUACAACUGUUAAAAACAGACUACACAAAGACUUUAAAAAAGCGGUCAAAAAGUCAUCUUAUUCAAAUUCGGUGUCCUUGUCUGGGGAUAAACUAAAUAUCGAUCCAACUGUUGCUCGAAGCUUUUUUAAAGAAUCCAUCGAUAGUACUAUAGAACAUUUGAAAGAUGCUUUGCAAAAACGAGAAAACAAAGGCGUGAAAGCCAUUUUGAUGGUUGGCGGGUUUUCCGAGUCGAAAAUGCUCAAAAAGGCUGUCCAACAAACAUUCCCUGGAUUAAAGAUGAUUAUCCCUGAUGAAGCUGGUCUGGCAGUUCUUAAGGGAGCCGUGAUGUUUGGACAUGAGCCCAGUAAAAUUGUCGAGAGAAUAAGCAAAUAUACGUAUGGUGUUUGUGUUGAUAGUUUAUUUCAAGAGAAAGUUCAUCCUGAGUCAGCAAAGAUCACUGACACUGACGGUAAAUAUAGAUGUCAAAAUUUCUUUCAUAAGCAUGUAAUAGCGGGACAGUCGCUGAAGGACGGAGAGGCCCAAACCGUUGGAAUAUACUCCAUACCUCAAAACCAGGAAGCGGUGAUUACGGUAUUUGUAACUGAAAGUAAAACUCCAGUUCUUGUUACUGAUCCAGGAUGCAGUCUGGUUGGUCAAUGCAGCAUUCCAAUGUCCAGUGCCGAAGCUGACCGCGAGGUUGUAGUACGAAUGAUAUUUGGUGGCACGGAAAUAGACGUCGAAUGCACCAAGAAAUCGACUGGCAAAGUUUCGCAUUUUAAUAUUGACUUUUUAUCGUGUAUGUGA